AGAGAGAGAGAGAGAGAGAGAGAGAGAGAGAGAGAGAGAGAGAGAGAGAGAGAUGGAGGGUGAUGGGAGCAUGUAUUCGGGAGGGAGUUUACCCAAUUCGCCCGUUGCCAUAGACCCGGCGUACGAGUUCUCAGCGCCGCGCUACUUCGACUUCUCGAAUUUUGACGAGGAGGAUGAUCCGAACGCCGACACGUGGUUCAGUAGGGAGGCAGCAUCGUGCAAGGACUCGCCAUGGCUUCUGCAGGAGAAGAGGAGGAAGGAGUUGAAGGAAAAGGUAGAAAGUGUCGUUGCCAAAGCUUCGUAUGCGCCGGCGCCCGCGCCCGCGCCUACUCCGCAACGCGAAGGACCGGUGACGAGAGCCUUGGCGCGAAAGCAUGCCGCCGCUGCUGCCGCUGCCUCCUCCAUCUCCGCAGGAGAAGCUGGUAGAGGAACGGUCGCCUCCACGGUAAAGGAGAAGAAUGGCGCGGCCUCUAGCGUCAAGAAGCGCGUAGGAAUGCAGGGCGGCGCAUCAGGUGGACAAGGAUGUGUAGGCGGGACAGGUGAUGGCACAAGAACGACGAAAAAACGCCCCGCAGUGAAAUCGUUUGCCUUCAGCGGUACUACUUCAACUCGGGCUAUGGUGUUCAAGGCGAUGGCAUCGUCACCGAAGGCAAGAUCGUCCAGAGGCAUCAAGAAGAGCAAGAACCGCACGGCGACCCGAGCAGCGCGAUCCGCUGCCAUAGCCGAGCAGAAGAGAGAAGGCAAAGUUGCCGCUGAAGACGGAACAGAAGAGGGAGUGGUUACUCAGAAACAGUAUUCGAACUUUGGUUGGACAGCUGAGGGAACACACAACUACGCCGCUUCCACGAUGACGAUUCCAAAGAGCCCUAAGUUUGCGACGAACAGGCGAGCGAAGCAGAGGCAUGUGAAGACCAAGAGCUCGGAGGAGGAGACGCUGGAGAAGGCGAAAAGUCAUCAGCUGCAAGCGCAGAAGAGACGUAAGUUGGAUGCAGGAAGGCUGCGAGAGAAACUACUGCCUCGUCCUGUGCUCCCAGUGAGGUCAACGGUAGCAUUGACAAUACCGUAUGAGAUACAUCUGCACACCGAAGAACGACUGCGGAGCAAGUGUCAGGGUAUAGAGGGGGGUGCUGCCAGCUCGUCGAAGGGGGAUGGUGAGGAGUAUGUUCCGCUGGCAGAAGCUGUCCUGAGAUUUCAGAGGAAGACUCCGGAUCGGUUUCAUACUCGUCCGCAUAAUGAGGACCACCCGACGAUUCUCAGCGAGGCAAGAGAGCCGCCUAGUAUAACGCAACCCAGGGAACCAGUACUGGAAACGGCUCACCGAUCAAGACCAGUGAAGGUGAAGAGUUCGGCAGAGAUUGAGGAAGAACUUAUGGCCAAUAUACAGAAGUUCAAGGCUCGACCCUUCGCUCGAAGUAUCGUCGAGAGAGGAGGUGACCUAGGUGUGCCAGUUGUGCCCCGACCUCCUCCCACUGAGCCGCAGGAGUUCAGUUUUGCAACCGCUCAACGUGCCGCCCUGCACUGCGAAGCUGCAUCUCUGAUGGAAGAACGCAGCAGUAAAGCCAACGCACGCCCUGUGACUCGAGAACAGUCCAAGUCCAAGAGCCUUGGACUCACAGUUCCCAUGGAACCUCAUCUGGAGACGAUGGCGAGGGCACGGCCUUCAAACCUGAAGACAACGGAGGAGAUGGAACUCGAAGAAGUUAGCAAUGCGCCCAAGUUCAAAGCACGGCCGGUAGGUAAGCAUGUACUCCACGGAUGUGGGGAUGUGGGAUUGCCCGUGGUGCCUAAGAAGCCGACAACGAUUCCGGAGGAGUUUGAUCUUGCGACGGAGCGGCGUGCGCGAUUACAUCCCAGUUGCUCGGCGGUGAGCUGCGCUUCCGGAAGAUCUACGAUUCGAUCGGAUGACAGCUAUGAACUGGCGGGGGGGGGCGCCGCGCGAGCAAAACUGGGACCUGCAGAGCCAUUCCAUCUGGAAACGGAGGAGCGAGGGGCGAAGAAGAAGGCCGAGUUGCAGAAAAGGCUGCAAGAAGAACAGAAGAGAGAAGAAGAGAUGCGUGUGCCGAAGGCGCAGCCGCUUCGUGACUUCGUGGAUGUAGGGAAUGCCGUCAUUCCAAAGAAACCUCCGGUGAAGGAGCCGACUUUGCCUGAGCCGUUCAAUCUUCAAAGUGCUAUUCUACACGAGACAGCCGUGCAGAAAUGGGAACGCAUGCUUGCCGAGCAGCAGAGAGAAGAAAUGGAGAGGGCUAAUUUCAAAGCGCAGCCCGUUUUGAAAGAAUGUCCUGUGAUGCCGGUUCAGCGCCCCAGGAAGCCGCUCACUACAAUUCAAGAACCUAAUCUGUCUGUGGAGAGGCGCGCGAUCGAGCGGCAGAAGUUCAACUCCAUGGUCGAAGCCAAACAACGAGACGCUAAAAGAUCAAGGGACGAGUACGAAGCCCAGGUGAAGGAGGAGGAGCUCAGGGUAAUUCAGGAGUUGAGACGGACAGAGAUGAUACCCAAGGCUAGGCCAAUUCCUGCGUAUCCACCUCCAGCUCAACCAGCAAAGUCGACGAAGGAGCUAACACGUCCGGUUUCUCCUCAGUUCACACGAAAAGCACCAGGCACGAGAUGCAUGAGAUGAAGAGCUUUGGGAGUAGUGCUAGUGGUGGUGGCUGAUCAGCACCUGGAGAUGUGAGGAAUUGCAGUAGAGCUGCAGAUCCGCCCAUCCGUUAUAAUAGAGCUUGCUGACCUGGACGAAACGAUCUGGCUAUGAUGGUCGAUUUUGGGGUUCGCUUUUUGUGCCCUCUUUCGGCCCGCGGCUGUUUCACAAGGCUUACUAUUAGGCUC